AUGCCUCUGAUGGUGUCCAUCCAGUAUCUCUUCUUUGCCUCUGUGGCCGCUUCUUGUAUUCCAGCAUCGACGUUGCUCUUGAUCUUCAACCUCGUGUGGAUAUCGCUCUUCCCAAGGACAUCUGUCCAUCAGCGUCUCAAAAGGGUACCAGGGUUCCGGUCGAGGACGGUUUUCAUCACCGGGGUCAACACGCCUCACGGGCUGAGACUGGCUAGGGCAUUUCAUAGCACAGGUCAUAAAGUUGUUGGCGCUGACUACGAGCCUGAUGGAUUCCCUAUCCACGUGCGCUUCUCCAAUGCAUUGAGCCGCUUCUACCGCCUCCCAUCCCAAUCCGACGAUAGCCGCCACGUUGAGUACAUCGCGUGUUUGGUCCGCAUCAUUGAGCAAGAACAUGCUGAUCUUUGGAUCAACUGCACAGGCAGUGCAGAUCCUAGCACUGAGGCGCAGGCGAGAAGUGUUAUAGAGCAAAACAGCCAGUGCGAAUGUUUCGCCCUCCGGGUGAAUGAUGUCCCCUAUUUCGCGACAAGGGAAGCAUUUCUCUUAUACAUGGCCAGCCAAGGACUACCGGUACCGGAAACACACCAUGUCAAAUCACGAGACGAGGUACACAAUGUGCUUAACCAAGCGCGAGGAAGACGCAAGUACUUGCUUCAUAAUUUGGACCAAAAUGGGAUUCCUGCCAGCUCCGCCCGGGCUGUGCUUCCACGGAGGACGCUUAGCCAAACAUACAAUACAGUAUCCCAGAUGGCCAUUACGACCACGAUGCCCUGGAAGCUGGAACAAGACGUGGACGAACUGGAGAGAUACCACACCUUUGCCAUCAUUGUCAGAGGCUCUCUCAGAGCCUUUGCUGCCAGCCGGUUGAGACAUCCUGGCUGCUACCAGCUCUUGGAGCCGAAAUCCGCCCUCAGUAUGGCGAUGCUGCGGUUUGUUCACACAUUCGCGAGCAAUCAAGGUCAUGACUUCACCACCCACUUGGGGAUCGACUUCUGUGUUGAAGAGCAGGUUACAGAAUCUGGAGUGGCUCAGAUCAUUCUCCCAAUCCAGGUCUGUGUCAAAGCCCAGGCUGCGGCGCAAUUGUUUCAGGGGCUGGGCGGUUCGGUCCAACUGACUCGAGCCUAUCUCGAAUGUUUAAAUGCAGAUCAAGUCAACACUGACAAGCAAGUGACGAGGCCAGCUUAUGCAGCGGCUCAGCCCAUGCCAAAGGAAAAUGGCGUAGCGACGCCGGACUCGAAGAUACAUGGAACGUACUGCUUUGGCCAGGAUCUUCUGCGGUUGUGCUUUGAACCGCUCCUCAGCCUGGUCACCUUGAAGAUCGGUGUUAUUGAUUAUGUGCGACAGUUGAUCCAGUUUUCCGGCCACUUGAUCCUCUGGCAAGAUGACUUAUACGACUUUCAGGAUCCGGUGCCCUUCUGGUGGUCUUACCAAGUCUUUAUCCCAUUGCGAUUUGUCAAGACUGCUGUGGCAUGGACGCAUGACUGUCCUUGA